AUGAGUAGGUGGGAUCGACGCAACGACGAAGGCCAAUACAGCUCACGGCAAAGAAAUGAUGUAAAGCACGCCACAAACCGGCCACGGAUCAGUCGAAGCCGAUCCCGGUCGGAUUCACCCGACGCACGGUCACAGUCCCGGUCCCGGUCGCGUUCACCCGCUUCGCACAGUUCACGGUAUCGUGCCCUAACAUCCUACCGCGAUGGGGAUCGUUACGAGCAAAGCAGUCACCACGACAAGACUCACCAUCGGCGGCAGGAAGAGGAAGAGCGACGGCGAAGACAGGAAGCGCUGGAUAGUCGGGGCCGCAGCACGGGUCAGAACGGCACACGGGGACCCGGUCCCGGUGGCACGCCCAACAACGGCAGCAACACCGUCGCCAGACCAUCGGCAGGAAUGGUGGCCGGUAUGCCGAGGCCACCCCCCAAACCACCGGUUGCCGGGAUACAGAUGAAGCUGGCGGCACCGGCCAGCAAGGAACCGGCCCGGCUGAUGAAACCGGUCGCCAACGCGUUCCGGCUGGCGGACGAUAGUGAUGACAGCGAGCCGGAAGAAAUGCCUGCCGAGUGCCGGAUGCGGAUGCGCAACAUUGGGCGCGAUACGCCCACCUCCUCCGGUCCGAACUCGUUCGGUAAGACGAAGCACGGUUUCUGUGAUUCGAAGAAAAUGUUCGAAAAGAAGAUCGGUAGCAGUCUCGGUGAUCGUUGAAGAAUCGGAACGUUAGGGACAGUAGUAGGA